ACAUGGCUUCCUGCAUCUGUAUUGUCCAUUCUGAGCAAUGGCCAUCAAUGACCUUUGACACCACUGAGAGUGACAAAGUGAAGAAGAUAAACGAACAUAUCAGAUCCAAAACCAAGGUUUCUGUGCAGGACCAGGUCCUUCUGCUAGGCUCCAAGGUCCUCAAGCCCCAGAGAAAGCUGUCAUCUUACGGCAUUGACAAGGAAACAACCAUCCACCUCACCCUGAAGGUGGUGAAGCCCAGCGAUGAAGAGCUGCCCUUGUUUCUGGUGGAGUCAAGCAAUGAGGGGCAAAGGCACCUUCUCCAAGUUCGACGAUCCAGUUCAGUGUCCCAGGUGAAAGAGAUGAUCGAGAAUGCGACCGCCGUGAGCCCCAAGGCUCAGAUUGUGACUUGCAAUGGAAAGAGGCUGGAAGAUGGAAAGAUCAUGGCUGACUACAACAUCAGGAGGGGCAGUUUGCUCUUUCUGACAGGGCACUGCAUUGGGGGGUGACUGGAUGGGUGGUGAGAGGAUCCAAGCCCACUCCCCUUAGCUCUUACCAGUCACAUCCUUUGAUGAUUU